GGAUGAUUUUCAUUCUUCUACUAUUUCUUUUGUUAUUUUUCUACUAUUUACUUUUCUGUUUGUUGAGCUGUACAUAGGGACAGUGAUGUAUUUUUCCUUUUAUAGGUUGUUAGAAGAUUCCUUUUGUAAUGGUACAUAGAUGACUGAGUGUACAGUUUUGAGAAGAUAAGAUCAGAGAACAUUUUCUCUCCAUUUUUCUAGGCAUUUUCUUCCUUCUCUGCAUUCCUCAGUUCUUCAUUUUGUUACAUGGUACCAGAGCUCCCCUCGAUCCAAACUUCUCACCAUGGCUAACGAACGGUUUCUCAAAUUUUCAGAUCCUUUCAACCCAUUUCGUAUCAACAACGGUGACAAUCCCGCUGCUGCCUUAGUUUCAGAUCUCUUGACUAAUGAUAAUUAUGUCAGUUGGUCUCAAGCUGUAAGUCGUGCCCUUCGAGCCAAGAACAAGCUUGGUUUCAUUAAUGAGACCAUUUCCAAACCUCAAGAUGCCACUGAUCCAAUUUUUGAAGCAUGGGAACGUCGCAAUGAUUUAGUCGUCUCCUGGCUUCAAAAUUCUGACUUAGCAUCUUGGGCAACGAUUGGGAUGGGUGAAGUGAGGGAUGGUCUAUAUCACCUGUUGCGAUUUGGUGUGUCAGCCUCAGCUUUGGUUGAUGUUUUACCAGCUUUCCUUCAUAAAGACCAACUUCUUAGUGCUUCUGUCACACACAAGGAUUCCACUUCUGAUAAAGAGUUGAAUGGUUAUUCUCGUGGUGCAUAAUAUUAUGAAUUUUAUAUGUUUGUGGAUGGGAGAUCUUCAGCUUGAUGUCAAAGGUUGCCGUGAUGUGUGUGCGUCUUUUGACAAGUAUGUGGAGGUUGAACGUCUCGAAGGUGAUAACAAAUAUCACACUGAGCGAUAUGGUUUGCAGGUCUGUUGGCAUCUGCACUUCACCAACUAGUGGUUUGCUUAAAGUUUAAUCAAGACUCAACUGGUGGUUAUUUGUUAUUGCUUAAGCUUCCCAUCCUCUCCUUGUGUUUCAUGUUCACUGGCCAAUCGCCUGAUAGCCACGCCGUAUGGCCGAGACAUGGGAUUGGAAGUUCAGAGCAAUCUACAUCUCUUGUAAAUCCUAAAAUGGGCAGCCUUGGCCCGUGGGCUGCACUGACCGAUACUGAGAGCCUAUGGGCUAGGCUAGGCUGGCCUGGUCUGUCUGCACAGCUCAUAGCCCAUUUGAUACCUCAAUGACCAAGCCCAAUAUUGAAGAGGUUCAAUCACCAACCAAUUACUCCCUUUGGCUACUUCUCUUACCUGCCAUCCAUUUGACAUGUUUUCUCAAGUCCGUCAAUGGCGCUAGCUCCACGGGCGAGUGGUCAUGGGAGGUCAUGUUUAAUUAUUAAUAUUGAGUGUUACAUAAAAUAUCAAAAUUUUAUGUUCAAAUAAUAUUUAUGUACACAAAGGAUGGCAAUUCCAUAGAGAAUCAAAACCAAAAUUAAUUACGAAAACCCAUUC